UAAUGUGUCCACCUCGUGAUCGAUUCACUGCCUGGGAAGUUGCCCUUCUUACAAUUAUCGAUAUGUUGUUCUCACGACAGAAUUUGCGAAUUUAAUUAAUAAAACAUCCCAACAUGUCUGACCUCUAAAUUCAUAGCCCUCAAAAUACUGAGCUGCUGUUGGCCCAGCAACUCAGUUUGUAGUUGGUAACUAUUGACUUAAUCUCAAGUCCAAAGAACAAUCACUCAACUGGGUCUAACUGUUAACUGAAGUUGGGCUUGUCUAUGUCAACAAAUGGCAUUGAUGCUUGGGUGCAUUGUGUACGCUAUGCGCGUACAUGUAUGUGCAUAGACCAUGCACAUGCACAGUGUCAAGAAAGUUGGAUGGCUUCACUUUAAGGAAUUAGUUGUGCCUCCACCAAAAAACAUGCACAUUGCAUGUAGAUUUACAAGAUGACUACCGGUAAUUACAUGCAUAUAGUGUGCAGCAUUUUGUAUAUUGCAUGCAUGUGAGCUAUGCCUUAGCAUUUGUUUCAAGUCAGAUCGACAUCUAGUCAACAUAACUGAUCAGUACUUCCCUAUUGCCUAGUGGUUAGUGAUACUUGGUUGUAAUAAGGUCACUGCAUUGCUAGGGAGGCAAUGCGAACAACAGUAAGCUAUGGGAUCAACGUGCACAAAGAAGAAGACGUCUGUUGCCCAAUGCAAAGAACCAGACAAGCAGAAUAACAUUUUGAAAAACAGCAGUGACCAGUCUCCUGUCAAGAAUUCCGUGUCUCCUUCUGAACCACCCAUCGCCAUGGCAGAGAGUAAACAACAGCAGACGCCCACCAGUCCAUACCUCCCUCUCCUCAGCAGGACACCAGAGGGCGCCCUCGUCCCCCAGAGCCUACCAGCCCAGGAGGAAGUGGAUGGCUACGAAACUCCCCAUGGCCUGUACAACCUCUUCAACGACGGUUUUCUUGUGCCGUUCAUCCAUUGCCACGAAUACAUGCUGAUUCUGGAUGCCCGCGAGCAAGACCCAUUCUCAGAAUCCCACAUCAUGACUGCUAGGCACCACACGGCCAUCGACACUGAUUUUGACUGUCUGUUAGCCGCUGGCAAACUGAGGAAGCACACCCAUAUCGUGCUGUACGACGAACAGAGCAGUGCGACGGAAACAGGCCAGGUGUUGCAAAGCUUGGCCAGCCGGCUGCGGGAGGAGGAGCUAGACCCGGUUAUUCUGAUUGGGGGAUUCCGAGCUUUUCACACGGCGUAUCCGUUUCUGUGCAACGACAGGCUGAUCCGCAGUGAGCAGGAACGAGUUAACGAAAUCCACACUUAUCCUUCAGAGGUCCUAGAGGGCGCCCUUUAUCAGGGUAAUGCUAGACACGCUAGCAGCCAUGAUAUCAUUAAGAAUCUACGCAUCACCCACAUUGUCAACGUCACCACCGAGUGCAGUAACACCUUUGAGAGCGAGUGCAAAUACCUGCAGCUGAAGUAUGCCGAUGAGCUCAGCUCCAACAUGAAACACAGGCUGCAGUCUGCCGCGGACUUUGUUGCAGAUGCUCUGCGCAACCAGGGCCGCGUUUUGGUCCACUGCGCGCAAGGGAUCAGUCGCAGCUCCACGGUCACAGUGUCCUUCCUGAUGAAGUAUCGCGGCUGGAGUUUUGCCGAUGCGUUGACCUUCUUGAAGAGCAAGCGUCCCAGGGCCAGGCCCAACAGAGCCUUCCUGAUACAACUGGGCGAUCUGGAGAGAGACUUGUUCGGGAAGAAGAUCACUGAUGCGGAUGAGAUCUGGAUGAACUUGAGUUAAAGAACCCAGGAAAAAAGGAGUGGAAUAGACCGAUCCAUCAAGCCCCGCCCCAUGUUUUUUUAACCAGCCACAACCACGAGUUAUGGCGAAGUGUGCAAAAAUGUCCAACAUUCGUGCAUGUGAUGUGCAUGUGAUGUGCAUGUGAUGCGCAUGUCUGGAACAUGCGGUGUGGCAUUGAAAGGGUGCACAUGUUGUUAACCACAUGCGUAGUUGGCAGGGCCUAACGGAUCAGUCUGUUGUACAGUAUAUGUACAUGUAUGUAAGUCGUUGCAAGUCAGUACUAGCCAAUCACAAGUCAUCCGAGCUCAAGUC